AUGGUGAACCUUCUUAAUUUCGCCAUUGAGCUUAUUUCCGUAAUAUUUGUGGGUCAUGUCAGCGAGUUGAUGGGAAUGGCAAGUGGCUUGGAUACCUUUUAUGGCCAAUUGUAUGGAGCAGGACAGCAUGGUCAUGUCAGCGAGUUGGCUCUCUCCGGCGUUUCCAUGGCCACCUCCUUUUCUUCUGUCACUGGCAUUGGUUUAGUGAUGGGAAUGGCAAGUGCCUUGGAUACCUUUUGUGGCCAAUCAUAUGGACCAGGACAGCAUGUUUUCUCCAAAAUGUUCACAAACUUGGACGGGUUUUCAGUGGAGGCAUUCCAUGACAUUUCUUCUUUUUUGAAACUUGCUAUUCCUUCUGCUGUUAUGAUUUGCUUGGAACUGUGGUCGUUUGAAUUAAUGGUUCUCCUAUCUGGUCGUCUUCCAAAUCCAAAGUUGCAAACAUCAGUGCUUUCUAUUUGUGUGAAUACAGCAUUAACUAUUUGGAUGAUCCCGUUUGGAUUAAGUGGAGCUAUAAGUACUCGUGUAUCUAACAAACUUGGAGCUGGUAAUUCUUGGUCUGCACGUUUAGCAGUGCGUGUAGUGGUAGUAGCAGCCAUUAUUGAGGGUAUCCUGGAUCAAAACGAAUUCAGUUUCAUCCGACCCAUGUGUAUCGUAGGAGAACUUUAA